CUAUCGCGGAGGGGUAGACAGUGAGGGUCGUCCAGUCAUGGUGGUUGUGGGGGCUCACUUUUUGCUUAGAUGUCUUGAUCUGGAGCUAUUUGUGCUUUACGUGGUGAAGGAGUUUGAGCCUAUAAUACAGAAGCCUUAUACUAUUGUAUACUUUCACUCUGCUGCAUCUCUGCAAGUGCAACCGGACCUAGGUUGGAUGAGAAGAUUGCAACAAAUACUUGGAAGGAAGCACCAGCACAAUCUACAUGCAAUAUAUGUCCUUCACCCAACUCUUGGACUAAAAUUGACUGUACUCGCGCUUCAGUUGCUUGUCGACAAUUUGGUUUGGAAGAAAGUGGUAUACGUUGAUAGAUUACUACAGCUCUUCAUACCCCGCGAACAGUUGACCAUCCCAUAUUUCGUCUUUCAGCAUGACUUAGAAGUGAAUGGAGGAAAGGGUCUCAUUGUGGAUCCCAGAACAAAGUAUGUUUAUCACCGACCAUGACAUGAACAUGCCAACUGCAGUUCUAUCAUCAGCUGAUAUAAGAGCAUCACUGUAGUUUCUUCAUUAUUUGCCUAGUCCAUUAUUCUCUCUAGCAAGUGGAAGAGGGUCUAUUUGUGUAUGGAAAGAAUUCAUUUUUGACUUUGUUUUUAUUUUAAAUUUUGAAUAAUUGAUAAGUUUCUCUGUAAGUAAAAUAGUACGAUGUUAUAUUUUUUUCCUCUGUAGUUUGAUGAGUUGUGAAUAUAGUUCAAGGUGAUUUUGAUCUCAGUU